GAGGAACCUACGUGGUGAAAAUGAGUGGUCAAUUCUGCUUUCUCCAAAGCCAGCAAAGCCAUGUCCACUGGCUCCCUCAGUGAUGUGGAAGAUCUUCAGGAGGUGGAAAUGUUGGAAUGCGACAGCCUGAAAAUGGAUUCUAACAAGGAAUUUGGGACUUCAAAUGAAAGUAAUGAAGAGAGUUCUAACUGCGAACAUGGGUCUCCCCAAAAGGGAAGGGGAGGCUCUGGCAAGAGGAGGAAAGCACCCACCAAGAAAAGCCCUCUGAACGGGGUCAGCCAGGAAGGGAAGCAAGUCCAACGAAAUGCGGCCAAUGCCAGGGAGCGGGCCAGGAUGCGGGUCCUAAGCAAGGCUUUCUCCAGGCUCAAGACCACCUUGCCCUGGGUCCCUCCAGACACCAAGCUUUCCAAACUGGACACACUGCGAUUGGCGUCCAGUUAUAUCGCUCACCUGAGGCAGAUCCUGGCCAAUGACAAGUACGAAAACGGUUACAUCCAUCCUGUCAAUCUGACUUGGCCCUUUAUGGUGGCUGGAAAACCAGAGAGUGACCUGAAAGAAGUGGUCAACGCGACCCGCUUGUGUGGAACCACAGCAUCCUGACCAAGGAGCUGCGACCCUGGGAAAAGACUUUCUGCUGGAGAGAUCUGGGGGCAGGAAAGACCUCCAUGCUCUCCCUCUUCCCCCUCUUCUCUCUCCCUCCUCCCCCAUUACCCUUUCCUUCUCCUAAGGAACACUUUUUAGCGACGAGGAGAUUCAUUUCCAGACCAAAGAGGAGACCAAAUGUACAUUUAAAUUUUCCCAUCUAUUUAACUUUAUAAACAUGUACAAUGAAUGAGUGACUCCCCAAGCCUUGCUGGUUCAAGUGCAAUAUAUAAAUAUGAAUAUAUAAAUAUAUAAUAAAACCUAUCAUGUAUAUCUUUUGUACAAUAUGUUGUGGAAAUGUAGAUGAUAGAAUAGCUGGCUUUGAUAGUCACAUCUAUGAAAUAAUUCACUUUAAAAGAUAUUUUUUCUUUAGACUGUUUUUACUACUUCUGUGAAUAAAUCUUUCUUUAUAUUGAAAGAGAA